AUGGCCGACGCAUCUCCGCCCCAACCCGCCAGCGAAACCCCGCGUGUUGGUCUCACACCGAAAACAACGCCCAAGACGAUCAUCCAGGAGUACCUCCUCGAACGUCUCCCUGUCUACCGCGAGCUUCGGGAGCUCCAGAGACAGGCGAGUCGACCAUUUCCCUGCCUUUGGUUUUAUACUGGCUGGGAAAGCAAAGAUGGAGAUACCCAUUUCCAACAGCAACGCCAACGCGCCGACUACGCCGACGCCAAAACAAAGCUCAGCUUCUUCAACCUAAUGCGUGAUAUCGGUCUCGAGCUCGACAAGGCUACCUCUGCGCUCACCAUUGACCACGACGCCGAUACCCGCCCCGCCAUCCUAGACCUUUGCAUGGCCCCCGGCGGCUUCGCAGCGGCGGCCCUCCACCGUAACCCGUCGGCCCUCCUCCGCGGCAUCAGCCUGCCACGCACGCUGGGCGGCCACGAGAUGCUGCUCCGCAACUGGUCCCACACCGAUCCCAACGCCGACAUUUACGUCACCUUCCGGGACAUCACCCUCCUCGCCGCCGAGAUGGGCACCCCGCUGUCCAGGAUCCCAGCCUCACACCCCGACGCCGGCUCUUUCUCAGCCUACCGCCCCUUCCUCGACCAAAAGUUCGACCUCGUUUUUUGCGACGGCCAAGUCCUGCGCACCCAUGAGCGCGCCGAGUGUACGUUCCCUCCUUCCGGACACCUCCGCCCCUGCCUCCCACCCCUUAUUCCUCCCCCCUUACUCAUCUCACCGUCCAAUCCCCUAACCCAACCCCAACUAAUCCUCCAACAAAACCACAGACCGCCACCUAACCGAACCAACCCGCCUCCUAACAUCCCAACUCACCCUCGCCCUCACCCGCCUCCGCCCCGCCGGCACCCUCGUCAUACUCCUCCACAAAGCGGAUGCCUGGGACUCAGUGCGCCUGAUUCAUACUCUGGCUGGUCUGGCUGA